GAACAAGCCUGUAUCUUUCUCUAACAGAGGGAGGUGGAGGGAAUUAUGACUUCUUUAAGAAAACGCGCGCGAACCAGGGAGCCUGUCAUGGCGGGAGGCGGGAAAAGGAAAAAGCGAGUCGAUCAGCAGUGUGAAGAUGUUGUGGACAGUGAUGCCAAGAAGAAAUGCAAUGAGAAGCCAAGUGUGCCAGAAUCCUUGCGGCAAGAAGUUGAAAGUUUAUACCGACUCACCAUGCCUAAGGACUUUUAUAACUUCUGGGCAUUUUGUUCAGAAAUUGACUCGGAAGCACCAUGCGACGUUCUAAAGUCCAGUCUUGGCCUUCAACUUGUUGGACCAUAUGACAUUCUUUCCAGCAAACACAAGUCAGCCAAGAAAGCCUCAGAUGUUAACUAUAAUCUGCACUGGAGGUUUUUCUAUGACCCGCCUGAGUUCCAAACCAUUAUUGUAGGAGACAGUGGAACACAAUUUCACAUGGGAUACUUCAGGUAA